UCGAGGCCCAGCGAGAAGACCGAGGAGGCGGGGCAGGCGGGCGCCGUUGCUUAGCUAGUUUGUCCCGCGCUGUGCUUGGGAACCUGGGGUUUCGGAUUCACUCUUCCUGAUGAUCCCCACUGGCAGGGGCUGGGCGGGGAACGAGAUCCGAGAGCCGCGUCACCUCGCUGGCACCUUCCAGGCUGCCUACUGAGGCCUUGAUCUGGGCUCCAUCUCGCGCUCCACUGCGUCCUCGCCCACCCUUGGAGCCUAUAGCCGCCCCCUGUCCUGCCCAGAGGGUCCAGGUCCCAUCUGUCCCUGUCCCCACAGCAGCCACAGGCCCCAUCGCCUCUAGCCUCCACUGUGAUCCGUGGAGGUGGUUGGUUACCAUGGUGAAGCUGGCAGCCAAAUGCAUUCUGGCAGGAGACCCCGCGGUGGGCAAGACCGCCCUGGCGCAGAUCUUCCGCAGCGACGGGGCCCACUUCCAGAAGAGCUACACCCUGACCACGGGGGUGGACCUGGUGGUGAAGACGGUGCCGGUUCCCAACACGGGGGACAGCGUGGAGCUCUUCAUUUUUGACUCUGCUGGCAAGGAACUGUUUUCUGAGAUGCUGGAUAAGUUGGCAAGUAGCAUGCCGUUUCAUUUCCUAACCUGCACCACCUCCCGCCAGAAGUGGGAGGGUCCCGACGUCCUGUGUCUCGUGUACGACGUGACCAACGAGCAGUCCUUCGGCAGCUGCGGCAAGUGGCUGGAGAAGGCGCAGGUGCAGGUUCCAGGCGCCUCCCUCCCAGGUGUGCUGGUGGGCAACAAGACAGACCUGGCCAGCAGACGGGUGGUGCAGUCGGCGCAGGCGCGCGCCUGGGCGCUGGGCCAAGGCCUGGAGUGUUUUGAGACAUCGGUGAAGGAGAUGGAGAACUGGGAAGCGCCCUUCCAGCAUCUGGCCCGGCAGUUCCACCAGCUGUACCGGGAGAAGGUGGAGGUCUUCCGCGCGCUCGUGUGAGGGGCUGCGUGCUGCUGGCGGCCUGGCAGGGCCGCCCACCCGCCAGUCUCCUUGGAAGCCGAGAGAAGG